CACCACCACCUCCCGCACAAGUCCACCGCUUCCCGAUCCCCGCCAAGAGGAGCUCUCUCUCAGCCCCUCAAGGUGGUGACACCCCCUGAUUGUAUCACAAGCCAACCUUAUCGCUUAUCUUAUCGGAACAUUGGUGAUGCCGUUUUCCGAGAUCUUCAAGCUGAACCCCGGCACGCCGGCCAGGGUUUGGCGCUGGAGCUCGGGACGUCCCCAACCUGGGACGCCGAUUGAUGACAUCGAGCAACCGAGCACUCCGCCAGCCAGAGGCGGUGUCUACCUCCCGAGCAUAGACAAUUCUGCGACAACCGAAGAUCAUGGGGCAUCCACCGGCAUCUUCUUCCGCAAGAUCUCAACCUCACCCCAGCCCUCUUCACCAACAGCAACAACACAUUCGAGAUUAAGAAGGAGAACCUGCCACCUCGGCUUCGUCAGACUCUCGUCCUUUAGAAUGUUCCUCAUUCUGUCCCUCGUCUUCCUCGGCGGCUACGUCCACUACCUGUGGAAAGCAGAGGCCGCUCUCGGUGUGCCGUGGGUGCCCGACCCGGAGGCCCAGCUCUUCCAGCAGCGGCCUCUCCUACCUCCGGCCCAGGAGACCAGCAUCGACACGUACUCGCUGCCGCUGCACACAAAGGGCCGGGAUAUUGUCGACGAGGAGGGACGUCGCUUCAAGCUCCUGUCCGUCAAUUGGUACGGCGCCAGCGACGAGCUCAACAUCCCCGGCGGACUCGACGUCCAGCACCGCGACGUCAUUGCGCAAACCAUCCGCGGGCUGGGCUUCAACAGCGUCCGCCUGCCCUACAGUGACGAAAUGGUCAUUACCGACCCCCCGAUCCCGGCCGAGCUGGUCGCGGCCAACCCUGACCUGAUUGGUCUCAAGGCCCUCGACAUCUUCGAGGCGUGCGUGACGGCGCUGACGGACGCGGGCAUCGCCGUCAUCGUCAACAACCACAUCACACACUCGACCUGGUGCUGCGGCGCCGACCCCUGCGACGCCCACUGGGCCAACGACCACCUCGGCCCGCUGUGCCGCAUCAAGCAGACCGAGGAGGACUGGAUCCAGAACUGGGAAAAGAUCAUGCUGCGCCUCGUCGACAACCCGGGCGUCAUCGGCGUCGACCUGCGGAACGAGGUGCGCGGCGUGUGGGGCACAAUGACUUGGGACAAGUGGGCCACGGCGGCUGAGAAGGCCGGCAACAGGCUGUUGGAGAUGAAUAAGGACUGGCUCGUCAUCGUCGGUGGCACCGAGUCCGGCAACGACCUCAGGGGCGUCGCGAAGCGGCCCGUCGUGCUCGACGUGCCCGACCGCGUUGUCUAUUCGGCCCACGUGUACGCCUGGUCCGGCUGGGGCAGCCUCGAGGGCCGGUACUCGAAGCGGGCGUACGCGUCCUUUGUCAAGGCCAUGCGGCUCAACUGGGCCUACCUCGUCGAGGGCGACGUCGCGCCCGUGUGGGUGGGCGAGUUUGGCGCGCCGCACCAGCCUAGCAUCGGCGACGCGAAUUACUGGAAUAACCUGCUGCGCUACCUCAAGGUCAUUGACGCCGAUUUCGGAUACUGGGCCGUCAACCCGCGCAAGCCAAAGGAUAACGUCAAGGAGGCGUAUGCGCUCGUCGAGGACGACUGGGUUACGCCUGUGCUGGAUUACCGGAUGAAGGAUAUGGUUGAGAUUAUGAGGGCGUAGUGCGCUUCGCAGUUUUGGCUGGGUGAAGAGGUAUGCCUGCUAGAGUCGCGAAUUGAGGUGCUCUUGGCGACGAUGUGUAUUUGAUGGAUGACACGAGAGAUGGACUAUGUUCUCCUUUUUUUUUUCUUUUUUUUAUAACCACUCCCUCCCCCAUAAUGGCGUUUUACGGAACGGUUCUUACUGUAGGCACUUCUGGGGGUUUAUUUUAUUUUUUUGGGAGUGCCAGCUUCGGAUACCCGGCUUUGGUCAGGCACGAGCUAGACGGUCACUGACGAUUAUGUCAUAAAAAUUGGCGGAUAAGUCAAACGUUGGGAUUAGGAUGACAGUUUUGAUACGAGCAAUUGGAUUCAUGAAUGGCCAUGCAGUCAAUGAAUAAAAGACCCUUGAACGAA